CAAUCAAGGCUUAACUCAAUUUAAUUUGAAUUAGCCGGAGUUUAGUAGACUUUGAAUUACUUACGCUCCUAAUUAAAAAAAAAAAUGAGCUAAAAAAUUUAUAACGGGUGAACUGGUGAAGCGUUAAGGCUUUGGGUGAACUUUCAUAUUGCAAAAGGGGUUUGGUUUAAAAUCGGCAGAACUCUCUUUGUAACAGUAAACCAGCAACACCAUUAUCAGCCAUUUCUGAAGCUCUUGCUAAAGCUUCUUCUUGCGUAGCUAGCUUUAAGUCGCGGCCGAAAGAAGCAUGGGUCCGCAGCAGUGUAAGGUCUGCAAUGAUGCAAAAUCCAAAUACAAAUGUCCAGCAUGUCUUGUACCAUAUUGCUCCCUUGCUUGCUUCAAGAAGCAUAAAGAAACUCCUUGUGCUUCUGCGAAGUCAGUGGUGUCUGAUGAAAAACCAAAAACACCUACCGAAACUCCUUGUGCAGCUUCUAAAGCAGCAGUGUCCGAUGAAGAACCAAAAACAUCGUAUGCUAUACCUGUAUCCAGUGAUAAAAUACCAAUGAUUCCUCAAACGCUUACAGAAAGACCACUCUUCAUUGAUGAACCAUGUGAAGUCUUGGAUAAAGCUAAAUUGGAAUCCAUAGUGGCUUCUUCUGAAAUUCGAGAUGCUUUGAAGAGUGAAGACCUCCAAAAGCUCAUCUGCAGCAUAGAUGAUUCCCCAAAUGCUUUGGAAGAGCUUGAAAAGAUAAUGGAUGUAGAUGUGUUCCGCAUAUUUUCUGACAAGGUAUUGUCUGCAAUGAAUCCCUAGGAGAGUGUCUAGCCACUAUGUUAGUGCAAUUUUUGGUGAGUUUCUCUGUAGCAACAUCCAGUUUGAGCCGAUGCAGAUAGAUGUAUCAUGUAUGUACUUGGUCAGACUAUAACUGAAUCAAGAUGAACGAAGAAGAAGAAAUUUAUUGGAUGUCAAGUGACCCCUUGUUUCCAUUCCUCAAGAGAUCAUCAGCGGAAACAGUAUUUUCUUGCGAGUUCAAGUGUUGUGGCGUUCUGUAUUUUUUGUUAACUAGGUAAUUGACUGGUUGGCUGACUAUAAGGUAAAACCUGUUGGCUAAAAAAACAUCGUGACGCAUUAGAAGUGUUUGUGAGGUUAUCUAGAAGCUUACUGCCAAAGCACAAUCAAUAGAUCAAACAAGUUGCCAAAAAGGUUGUGCAUUGAAAUCUUCUUGUUUUUCUAUCAAUCCUAAUCUAAUCCUGUUGUCUUGUACUCGUAUUGGGGUAUGUAGUACGAGUCGAGUAUGUAGUUAGCUAAGGCAUGUUUUUUACUCGUAUGAGUGUAUGAUUUGUUUGGCAUAAAGAAUUGUGAUUGCGGU